CUUUUUUUUCAAUACAAAAAUAAUAAUCGCGUCUCCAGUAUUUUUAUAAACAAGAAUUUAUUUUUAUCAAUUGACUGUCAAAUCAACUUCCGAUAGUUUAAUAGUGUUGUAAUAAGUUAAUAUAAUAAUUAUUUAUUGCGAAAUGGUUGCAAAAGACGAGAAUAUUGGUAAGCAGUUGGACCAAAAUGAUGUUGAUAAAAAAGGAUCAAGCAUCGAGAUGGGGUCAGAUCCGUCAGCUCCUAUAACUCGCCGAGGUAUCUUGACCUCUUUGCUGACUGGAAAACCGAUGGAAAUACCCGAGCAAGACAUUUUAGGAAAAUGCCGAUUUGUAUCAGAGUUCGAAAAAUUAAAUCGAAUCGGUGAAGGCACUUACGGAAUAGUUUACCGAGCACGAGAUACUAAAACCGACAAAGUUGUGGCUCUAAAAAAAGUAAGAAUGGAGCACGAAAAAGAUGGCUUGCCGGUCAGCGGGUUGAGAGAAAUAAGUGUCCUCUUAUCUUGUCGGCAUGAAAAUAUCGUCCAGUUAAAAGAAGUUGUAGUUGGUAAAAGUUUAGAGAGUAUAUUCUUAGUAAUGGAGUACUGCGAACAAGAUUUAGCUAGUCUUUUAGAUAAUAUGCAAGCGCCCUUUUCUGAAAGUCAAGUAAAGUGCAUUGUGUUACAAGUAUUAAAAGGCUUACGAUACCUUCAUCAUAAUUUUAUAGUGCAUAGAGAUUUAAAAGUAUCUAAUUUACUUAUGACCGACAAAGGUUGUGUAAAAAUCGCUGAUUUUGGUCUUGCGAGGUGGUUUGGUCUACCUUUAAAACCUAUGACGCCUAGAGUUGUAACUCUCUGGUACAGAGCACCUGAAUUACUUCUUCAAGCCAAGACACAAACCACUUCUGUUGAUAUGUGGGCAGCUGGUUGUAUUUUAGGUGAAUUACUUGGACACAAACCACUCUUGCCAGGAAGAUCGGAGAUAGCGCAAUUAGAAUUGAUAGUCGAUUUACUCGGUACACCGAGCGAGGCCAUUUGGCCAGAAUUCAACUCACUGCCAGCUUUACAAAACUUUACACUCAAGCAGCAACCAUACAAUAAUCUGAAGCAAAGAUUUCCUUGGCUCAGUGCAGCUGGUCUUAGGUUAUUGAACUUUCUUUUCAUGUACGACCCCAAGAAACGCGCUACUGCUGAAGAGUGCUUGCAAAGUAGUUACUUCAAAGAAGCUCCUCUGCCUUGUGAUCCAAAAUUGAUGCCGACAUUCCCUCAGCACAGAAACAUGAAGAAAUCGAGUCAACCUAGAGAUGUUCGUGAACCAGAACCUCCUGUUAGCGAUCAGACUAAUAAUUUACCAGCUAUAUCUGAUUUAUUAGGAUCAUUGGUAAAGAAGAGACGCGUAGAAUAAUCAUCAGUAAUUUAUAUCAAAAGAGAACGGAAUUAAUAAAUAAUAUUAUCAUUAAAUUUUUUUAACUCGCAAUAACGAUUUUCAGUGUAACAAUUAAUGAUUUUUUUUUAUUUUAAUAUUAAACACGUUUUUCGAUAACUACAAUUACAUAAAAAUAAAUUCUUAUCUUAAUAAUUAA